AUGGAGCCCAGCAGGUCAAUUGCAGCAGAGCUGAAGCUCCGCAAGCCCUCACCGCGGGCCAGGAUCCCGGCAUCUUUCCUCGCCCAUGCGGGUGCGGCGGCUGAGCCGGUGGGCCCCCCCAGGCCGGACCCCACGGAGGCAGACAUCGAUGCCCUGGUGCCCACGCAUGACGAGCGGGGCCACCUGAUCCCCGAGUGGAAGCGGCAGGUGAUGGUGCGCCGGCUGCGGGCCCGGCUGGCGGAUGAGACGGCAGCGAGUGGCCAGGUGUGGGGCGUCCUGGGGCUCCCCUCUCCACAGGACGCGGGCUCCUGGCACUUCUCACCCUCCCGCCAGGCCAUGCUGGGCCCCUUCGGGGAGCUGCUGACCGAAGGAGACCUGCAGCAGCUGGAGCGGGCGGUGGAGAGUCUGCGGCUGCGGCGGCGGGGCGAGGCGUACCAGGGCGAGCUGCGGCGCCUGGCGCGGGAGCUGCGUGCCCUCCUGCCCGCCCCGCUGCUCAGCAUCACCGUGCGCAGCCCCCCGCCCGCCCCCGGGCAGCCACUGCCCCUCUGGUGCGGCCGCCUGGCCGGCGCUGUCAGCAGCCUGGCUGCACUGCUGUCCCACACUGAGGGGGCACGGGUUGCGUCCACCGGCGCCAUCGCCGCUGCCACUUGCCCUGCUGUCACUGGCGGGCAGCCCAGGGAGCCGGGGGGCAGCCUGGCGCAGCGGGAGAUCCGGCAGUGCGGGGUCUGUGUCCGCAGCCUCCGCGGUGCCUUCGAGCCGGCAGAGGGGAAGGUGGUCGCAGGGAGCGGCGUGGAGGCCGCCAGCGACUCGGGCAUCAGCUGUGAGGAGGCGUUUUCCGACGGCCCCCUGGGGCCAGAGUGGGGCAGCCUGAGGAAGGAGCGGAUAGUGAUGCUCUUCCUGAGCCACUGGAAGCGGUCUGCCUACGGGCCCUCUCUGCCAGCCGCUGGGGACCCCCGGGAUGCUGCAGGGACUGGGGGGGCUGCAGCGGCCCGCCUGGUGCGGCAGCGGGCGGCCAUCCAGCGGCUUCUGGCCAGCUGGCGGGACGCUGCCUCCUGUCGCCCCCUGCCCCCCGCUGCUGGGCCUGCCCCGCUGUCCCCGGAGCAGUUUGUGGUAAACGCCAGUGGGAAGGCAGCCGACUAUGACAGCCUGUCGCUGGAGCUCUUCAUGCUGGGAUAUUUCCGCAUCCUGGAGCAGGAGCUUCCCCCCGAGGAGCGCCAUGGCCGCCACCUCCUCUGCUUCGAGGUGUUCGAGCAGCUGGGCCGGCACGGCUGGCCUGCCGUGCGCUCCUUCCACCGCGCCGUCACCGACGAGAUCGCCGCCGGCCGGAGAAGCUGGCAGGAUGGCUUUGAUGACAUCAAGGCAAAGUAUUUUGGGUCCUCCCAAAGCUCAGCCAGGGGGCCAGCGGAGGCCUGGGGAGAAGGGGAGGAGAUCUGCCGCUACAUCGACCGCAGCUUUGCCUUCUGGAAGGAGAAGGAAGCAGAGAUCUUCAGCUUGGAGGAGUGAUGCCUGCUGACGGGGAGGGCAGAGGGCUGCAUGGAGCCGCGGUUUGCAAUAAAC